AAUUAGCAUGGAAGCAUCAAGACGCCAUAACCAAAUCCACCAUUAAACCUCUAAAAUCAUACCUUCAUUCCAAUCCACGUUUCCUCCCUUAUCCCCUUCACCACAAAGCAAUCCAUCCAUCUUUCCACAUUAUAACCUCCAUUUCAAAACCCCCCAAAUUUUAGGGUUCAAUUCAAUUCAAUCUGCAUGACGAUCGAAAGCAAUGCCGGAAUCUCACGAUUAAACGUCGAGUGUGAAGACCACAGACCUGAUUACGUCAUCAUAGCCUCACCGGAAGGUGUUGCUACGACGUCGUUUUCGUCGUCUGCAGAUUGUACUAGUAUCUGGUGGUCGUUUUGGUGGUGGGGAAAGCUUGUGUUUCUGGUUUUGUUUUUGGCGGUUUUAGGGUUUUGCUUCUUCGUGUGGAUUGGACCAUAUGUAAUGGAAAAGGAGGUUAUACCGAUCUUAAACUGGGAAACCGAGACAUUCAGCAAGCCCGUGUUAGCAUUCAUAAUAUUUUCUUCAGUCGCAAUAUUCCCAACCGUAUUUAUACCAUCUACACCCUCCAUGUGGGUCGCAGGCUUGAGUUUCGGUUAUGUAUUGGGAUUUUUACUAAUAAUGUGCGGCGUCACUAUCGGCGCAUCACUUCCGUAUUUCAUUGGUUCCCUAUUUUACGACAAAAUUCAAGUGAGUAUCCUAUUAUCAAUUUAUCAUCACAUUAUGCAGGGUUGGUUAGAACGAUAUCCGAGGAAAGCAUCGCUUAUACGGUUAGCAGGUGAAGGAGACGCGUAUGAUCAGUUUCGAGCUGUGACGUUAUUGAGGAUAUCCCCGUUUCCGUACGCUGUUUACAAUUAUUGUGCGGUGGCUACCGGUGUUAAGUAUGUUCCUUACUUAUUUGGCACACUUCUCGGGAUGGUGCCGGAGGUUGUUGUCGCAAUUUACACGGGUAUAAUGAUACGAACUUUGGCAGAUGCCUCGAAAGAACAAAGAUCGCUUGCACCCCUUCAGAUCGUGUUCACGGUUUGUGGGUUUGUUAUAACGAUCGUUAGUACAAUCAUAGUCACGGUUUAUGCAAAGAAACGGCUCAGUGAGUUGCAGACAAAAGAUGAACAACUGAUGUUGUUACAGUAACAUUAAAGGUCAGUUAUCGUUUAGUUUGAUUCGCUUGAAACUUUGAGACAUUAGAUGUUUUUUCAAACGGAUUUACUCAAUUCUGUGGUGGAUACGAGCUCAACGGUUACUAACAGAAAGAAAGUAUAUAACUGUGUUUCUUUACUCUGCUCGCAAUUGUUCUUUCUCGUCUUUAGUACUGUAUAUAAUUUGUUUCUCA